AUGACGGACCCCCGGGUGUGUGCCGGCCAGGGGAAGCCCAGCCUGUCCUUUUCCAUUGAGGAAAUCUUAAAGAAACCUUCUGCCAGCACCGCCCUAAGCAGUGAAACCAGGAACAGGAGUAACUACACUGAGAGACCUGCAGCCCUAAAAGCAGGGUCACCCCUAGCCUUUGAUUCCAGCAGCAGGAGUCAGUUAGACUGUGACUUAUCUUCAGCCAAAAUCCUUCUUCCUGCCACAUGUGUUACACCCAUGGUCAGGGCGAAGAAAGCGCAGGCAGCUCACUGCAGGAGACCUACUGACAGCCCAGUGUCCCUCGUGGGUGAGGACACAGGACGUGAACACCUGGAAGGCAAAAGAAAACACCAGAAAGAGGAAGAUCAGCUAUGCGAUUUCACGGUGGACCAUCCACUUCAUGUUGAGAGGAAAGGGAAACGGAGAAUCCGGACAACGUUCACAGCUGAGCAGCUGCAGGAGCUGGAGAAGAUUUUCCAAAUCACUCACUACCCGGAUGUCCAUAUUCGCAAUCAACUGGCAGCAAAGAUAAACCUCCCAGAAGCCAGAGUUCAGAUCUGGUUCCAGAAUCAGCGAGCAAAGUGGAGGAAACAUGAAAAAUUUGGCAACUUUGGUGGCCUUCAGCAUCUGACAGAAGUUGAUUUCAUUCCUGCUCCCAAGUCAGAUAUUACAGCUCCUAGCUUGAUGCCAAGAAAGCUCGCUGCUACCAUCCCUGCUGUGGGAUACUACUCACCGCUACAAGGGCAGCUGACAACUGCCUGGCUGCCCAGCACGCUCUCCUUCGUCCCCCACCGCCUGGAGCUGCUGCCCUUCCCAAAAACGCACUUGCUCGUCAAUGUCCUCCCCCCUUACGGCAUGCCGCUACCCCACAAGUUGGAAAGGAGCAGUAUCUGCGCCAGUUCCACAUAG